UGGUUAGUUAAAAGGAUAUUUGUGUUGUUUAAGCGUGAAAUAAGUGAUGUAAGGAGCUAAACAGCUAAUAUCAACAACACAUUCAGAUGCAGAGAGUGAUUCUCUUGAGAGGUUGUGCAGUUAACAGCACUAUGGCCAGCGAGAGUUCCUCUGCAGCUAAUGGACAGACAUCAGGAGAGAACAGCAGCAGCACGUUUGAAUGCAACAUCUGUCUGGACACGUCCAAAGAUGCCGUCAUCAGUUUGUGUGGUCAUCUCUUCUGUUGGCCGUGUUUACAUCAAUGGUUAGAGACCAGGCCGAACCGACAGGUGUGUCCAGUCUGUAAGGCCGGCAUCAGUCGGGAGAAAGUGAUCCCGCUGUACGGAAGAGGCAGUACAAGCCAAGAAGACCCCAGAGAGAGAACUCCACCACGACCACAAGGACAACGACCAGAGCCGGAAAACCGUGGCGGAUUUCAAGGAUUUGGCUUUGGAGAUGGAGGAUUCCAGAUGUCUUUUGGGAUUGGGGCUUUUCCUUUUGGGAUCUUUGCCACAGCAUUUAAUAUCAAUGAUGGGAGACCACCACCAGCAGCCCCAGGCACCCCUCAGCACACGGAUGAGCAGUUCCUGUCCCGCCUCUUCCUGUUUGUGGCGCUCCUCAUCAUGUUCUGGCUGCUCAUCGCGUAAACCAUUAUGAACUUUCUGAUCAGGACACGAUAAUCUGUGGAAUAAAAGCAGAUGAGCCACGAAUACGAAACUGCACAGAUCACGAUUGCCCGUCAGAUGUGUUCGUCCUGAUGAUGAACCAGUCGAGAGUCUUUUCUAUGAAAGAGAUGCAACGCUUGAGAUUUGAUUGCAUGUCUGUGAUACUGUGAAGGAUGAUUUUAGAGUUUUAUUUCUCUUAAGAUUAAAUUAUUAAUAUUUGGGUUAUUCUACAACUGCACUGGCAAAUGUUGUCAUUCACUUUAAUAAAGCAAGAAUGAGGAAAAUUACUAUCGGA